AUGACUAAAAUCGCCGGCAGCGACACCGGCAGCGAGAGCAGUGGCUCCAAGGAUCCGAAGAAGACUUACCCAGAGUCCAUUUACCACUACCAAAAUGCACAGACCAUCACCUUGGGCAGCUUCAUCGAUAAUCAGAUUUUCAAGCAAGCCAAAAAAAAUUCGGGCAAAUCUAAGAGAGCCAUGAAACAGCUGUCGGAGAGAAAGCCUAUGACACCAACUGAGCCAUUGAAUCCAAUCCAACCUGUGAAUCCGAAGGGCCAACAAAAUCCAAUGGGACCUGUGAAUCCAAUGGACCAAGAAAUAUUAAAGGAGUCAGUGGACCCAAUGGGCCAAAUUAAACCAAUUCGCCCACUGAAUCCGAUGGGCCAAUGGAAUUCAAUGGAGGCAAAUCCAAGUGGCCAAAUGAAUUCCAAGGGGCCAAUGACUCCACUUAGCCAAAUGAAACAAAUGGGCCCAAUGAAUCCGAUAGGCCAAAUAAAUCCAAUGGUAACUCCGAAACAAAAUGGACAAAUAUAUUCAAUGAGCCAAAUGAAUCCGAUGGGCCAAUUGAAUUCAAUGAGCCAAAUGAACCCGAUGGACCAAAUGAAUCCAAUGGAGCCAGGGAAUUCAAAUAGACAAAUGAACCCAAUGGGGAUAGUGAAUCCAAAUGGCCAAAUGAAUUCAAUGAGCCAAAUGAACCCGAUGGACGAUAUGAAUCUGAUGAGGGGACCAGUGAAUCCAAAUGGUCAAAUUUAUCCAAUGGAACUAGGGAAUCAAAAGGGACAAAUUAAUCCAAUGUGGCCAGAAAAUCCAAAUGACCAAAUUAAUCCAAUGUGGCCAGAAAAUCCAAAUGACCAAAUUAAUCCAAUCUGGCCAGAAAAUUCAAAUGACCAAAUGAACCCAAUGGGGCCAGUGAAUUCAAAUGACCAAAUGAAUUCAGGUAGCCAAAUGAAUCUGAUGGCCAAAAUGAAUAUGAUGGGGAGGCCAGUGAAUCCAAAUGGUCAACUUAAUCCAAUGGAGGCAGGGAAUCCAAAUGGCCAAAUAAACCCAAUGGGGCCAGUGAAUCCAAAUGACCAAAUUAAUUGCAUGAGCCAAAAGGAUCUGAUCGACCAAGUAAAUCUGAUGGUCAAAAUGUGUCUGAUGGGGGUGUCAGUGAAUCCAAAUGGCCAAAUAAAUCCCAAGGGGCCAGUGAAUUCAUUGGAGCUAUUGAAUUAUCUAGGGGAGGCAAUGAAUCUAUUGGGCAAAAUGAAUACAACGGGGCCAACAGAUCCAAUGAAGCCCACGGAGCCAAUGGAUGGGGAGCACCCCUUACUUGGUUCGCAAAGUGAUGCUCCGCCAUAUGACGACCCGAUGACGUUGCCCAUCGAUCUCGACGAUGACCUACCCGAUGAGCCGGUGUAUUUCGAUGCUCCCCGCGACUUGACGAAACCACUCACACCAUAUGUCGAGUCAUUGAUACAGACAUCCGCUAGAUUGCGGCGAAACCCAUUGGGUCUGAACUUUAUAGAAGAUGGCGACAGUUCCGAUGAUGAGGAUACGUUUGCUAACCAAACGCUGAAACCCAUUGGUUACGAGAUGCUGAUGGCCAGGAAGCACAAGGAAAAUAUUGAACUCAUCUGCCGCUACCAUGCGGAGCAGGUGGUACUUAAGACCCGCGCCAUCGCGUUUUUAUGGGAGAACUAUAGAAGCGAUAGCACGCUGCCGCCAAACAAGACUAUUUGGAGUGUGGAGCCCCAUGAGCUCAAGCCAAGACGUGUGCCACCCAAUCCGCCGGCCCAGUCAAAUCCAACCAAUUCGAUGCCCUUGAACGUGACGGCCCCUCCGACAUACUGGAUUCCGAACAACUAUCCCAUGCAGCAUGCCAACUUGCAUCCGAAUAAUCAGUCGGCUCCGGCAACUGAAGUCCAGUACCUAAAUGAGAACUGGUGGCACAAUGCCAACUACAUGAACUUCUUUGCUAAUAUGGACCACAUCUUGGUCAACCUGUCGCAGAUGGAGCUGUACGCUGCCCAGAUGUACACCGUGUACGGCGAGGCGUUCUUCGAGACGGCCAUUGGCAGAUACUUCCCGGGAGAGGCUACCGGCUCCUCCCCGCCAUUUGGUCAGAUUCAGCUCCAGUUCAUGGAGCGGAUCCGCCAGAUCCAUCAUAUCAAUAAGAUUAAUCAGAUCAAUCAGAUCCAUCGGAUCCAACAGCACCAACAGUCGCUGCAGUUCCAACAGUCGCAGCAGUUCCAACAGCGGCAGCAGUUCCAACAGCCGCAACAACAGAUGCAGCAGCGUUCGCGCAACUAUUCAUCGAACCUCCAAGAGAUGGCGCAUAAAAUGGACAGGACAUUACCAGGACAUCGCCAGAUGCAACACGAGAAUCAGCCGAACAUGCGCUACUCAAGAGCUGGAGAGCAAGGACCACUUCCAGGACGUUUUGCUGGAGGCGAACAGUUUGGCGGAUGCAAGCCAAAUCCCGGUCUAAAUGCUGCAAAGCCUCGUUUUAAUAACAUGAUUAAGUCGGAGCGCCAAGAAAGUGACUCUGAUGGGCGUUGGUGCUAGAGCAUCGGAUGGAAAGAAAGAUGAUCUCAAAGAACUGGAAGAUCUCGCCUUGAUCAAAACACACUUCCCACCGCUACUCGGGACAUCAAAGAAAUACAGGACUUAGUAACCAAAUUUGGUAAAUCUCAGGGGAACAGGAUAACGUGAAACAGAAAUGUUGAAAAAAUCUAUUUGUGGCCUAAGUAUAAGAGCCUUCUUUUGUAUACCCUUUAAAACAGAAUUGCAUUUACACACAUAUGUAUCUACAUAUUGUUAACAGAAAACAAAAUUUUAUUUGCACAGAUACGAGAAACUUUUGCUAACAGAAAAAAGAAAUUCAUUUACACACAUAUGUAUGUAUCUAGAUAUUGUUAACAGAAAACAAAAUUGCAUUUGAAAAGAUACGAGAAACUUUUGGUAACAGAAAAAAGAAUUUCAUUUACACACAUAUGUAUCUACAUAUUGUUAACAGAAAACAAAAUUGCAUUUGAAAAGAAAUGAGAAACUUUUGGUAACAGAAAAAAGAAUUUCAUUUACACACAUAUGUAUCUACAUAUUGUUAACAGAAAAAAGAAUUGCCUUUGAAAAGAUACGAGAAACUUUUGCUAAAAGAAAACAGAAUUGCAUUUGAAAAGAAAUGAGAAACUUUUGGUAACAGAAAAAAGAAUUUCAUUUACACACAUAUGUAUCUACAUAUUGUUAACAGAAAACAAAAUUGCAUUUGAAAAGACACAUA